GAUGAUCAAAAUUKAUAUAAUUCAAUGUAUAUAUAACCUGGCUGACAAUGGCUGGUCUAAUAGGACAUCCAAAGGUUCAAUAAUAGUUAUCUCAUUAAUUAAGCGCAAAGUUUGAAUAACCGAUGACAAUGAGUUCAGUUAGCUUUUACUACAUUUGUCUUUUAAUAUCACUAUUUGUUUUGAGUGUCAGUAAUGAUAGAAAUGAGUGUCAAUUAUUUGGAUCUAACGGUACAUAUGAAGGCGUUGGUGUUUAUAGAAAUCUCGACAAUAAUCGGCUAAUGAUGUAUAACAAGCAUAAAGAGUGGGAAUUUGUAUUGAAUAACAAUACAAUUGAAUUCAAUACAAAUAUUAUCAAUGAAUUGGAUUCAAAUGCAAUCAUUAGAUUUACAGCUGUGGUUGAAGUAAAAAAUAGUAAUAUUAACAAUUAUGAUUGCAGUGUUGUAACAAAUAAAUCGACGACAAAUGACUGCAUAUUAAAAUGUUUUCUGUGUAUUAAAAAUACAUUUAAAAAGUUUAAAAGAAAUUCAGCUGAAAGUUGUGAUCAAUAUAAACCAACUAAUGAUAGCAUUCAUAUCGAUCCAUACAAUAGUUUUAUAUUUAAUACUAGUUUGAAUGGGAGUAAUGCGGGAAAAGUUUUGAUUUAUAAUCAAAUGAAUAAAAGUCAUAAAUUCUAUGAUUUACGAAAUAUGAAUUACGAAGAAUGUAAGAACUGUUUAGUUCCAACAUUUAUUGAAGACUUGAAAAACAUGAAUAAUUCAGAUAUGAUUAUCAAUGGUAUGACUGACUUCAAUGAUAUCAGACAAUAUCUAUUGGUAUUCAAUGUGUCGGGAAAACCAAAAUUCUGUACAAUUGAUGGCAAACAACAACUAAAUACUUCGUGCUCCGAAAGUAAUCUCCAGUCCAUUGCUUCUCAUUGUUUUGAUAGCAAUGAAGACAACACUACGACUACACCGGACAACACUAACAUUAUUCUUGCUUUGAGUUUGAUUUUGAUGAUUGUUAUCAUAUUUGGAGUCAUUAUUAUUACAAUUAUUUCCUUAUAUAUAUACAAUCGAUGGUUUAAAACCCCAAAACCUCAAGAGAAAAAUCUAAAACGAAUUGAGUCGACAUCAAACAGUAAUAUGAUUGGACGUAUUGACUCAAAUCUUCAGUGGAAUAUGAAAGUGUCUUCAAUGACCACAUCUGAUCCCAAUAGCAUCUCAAGUCAACCAAAGACAACAAAGUCAUCGGUUCCCGAACUUAAACGUCGUUCGACUAGUGUUUAACUUAUCGUCAAUUUCUUUA